AUGGCUUUAGACACAGAACAAGGCAGUUCGAUUAUAGAUGGAAACAGUAUUAAUAAUAACGAUUUGGCGAUGGUUAAAGGUGAUAUUGCAAAUGAUUUAGACACAGAUAAUGAUGGAAACCCAAGUGAUUCUUCCCUCUUGGUGAUUAGUGAGAAAAUGUGUCCUAAUGACUCUGAUGAGGACACUGAUUUGGAUUUAUUACAAGUUCUUGAUGAAGAAGAUGACACUGAAGAGUCAGUUGUUCCAAAGAGACGAAAGAUAGAGACUAUUGAUUUAGAAGAUAUUGAACACUUACAGAAGGCCAUUGAACUUUCUGAUGACGGAUAUUCUGAUGAAGGUAGUGAUAGUGAAGAAUUGAAAGAGAACAGGAAAGCAAAUGCAGAAAAAGUUAAAGAGCACAAACCGGUACGAGAUUAUAAAUGUCCUAUAUGCAUGGAUCCACCCACUGCAGCUGUGAUUACAAAUUGUGGACAUAUAUUUUGUAACGAUUGUUUAUUUCCAAUGAUUAACAGCUCCAAGAAGAAUGCCAGAUCUGAUGGGAUAUGUGCAUUGUGCAGGUGUAACGUUAAAUGCAAAGACUUGAGGUUGGUGAUUCUAAAGAAGAAGAUUGUUCCAAAAAGUUUUUAA